AUAAGCUGCGAACUAGGCCAGAUUGAACUGGAAGGACAUCGACCACCGAUGACGAGCACAGGGCGUACAUUGCCAUCUUUUCGUUCUUUCGAUACUUCGCCGCGAGCUGGUGGAUUUGUUGAUCAACGGUUUUUGACAGGCAUUAAUCCGCAGGAAUUAUUCUUCCAUACCAUGGCUGGACGAGAGGGUUUGAUUGAUACGGCUGUGAAGACAUCUCGGUCUGGUUACCUGCAGCGUUGUAUUGUGAAGCAUUUAGAAGGCUUGGUGACGCACUACGAUUCUACCGUCCGUGACCAUGAUGGAAGUGUUAUCCAGUUCCGGUAUGGAGAAGAUGGGAUGGAUGUAUGUAAAAGCACAUUCAUGAACUCUAAGCAGUUUGAUUUUCUGGCUGAUAAUAUGCAAGUAUUACGUUCGCGUGUAUUACCAGUAGGUUAUAACGAAGAUGAUUGGGACUUGAAAAAAUGUGAAAAAGCAUAUAAAAAGGUCAAGAAAUGGCGUCGAAAAUAUGGCAUACACAACAAAAAAAUAUAUAAGAGUGGUUAUGUAGAAUUUUCCAAAGAGUAUCGAGGGACACCGAAAGAGAAAAUUCAAAAGAUGUGGUUUGAAUUAACUGAUAAAGAGCGUUACGAGUAUCAUAGUAAGGCUGGUAAAGCUUGUCCAGCUGCUGUUGAUGAGAAGAUGAAUCCAAAUCGUUCUUUGGGUGCUUUGCCACAGAAACUUCUUGACGAUAUAGAUGAGUAUAUGCACAUGAAGUCAAAUAUUGGUGCUGAUAUUCCGCUCGAUACCUUUCGGAAAUCUUUGUACUGGAAAGGGAUGCGUUGUCGGGUCGAUCCUGGUGAAAAUGUUGGUUUGUUAGCAGCUCAGUCUAUUGGCGAGCCUUCAACUCAAAUGACUUUAAAUACUUUCCACUUUGCUGGAAGAGGUGAAAUGAAUGUUACUUUGGGUAUUCCUCGACUGCGCGAGAUUUUAAUGAGUGCUAGUAAGGACAUCAAAACACCCAGUGCAGAAAUUCAUAUAAAGCCAGGUACAUCACCGGAACGCAUUGAAGCUAUCAGGAGAGAAUUAGAUCGUAUUUAUUUAAAAGACUUAAUUAAGAAAUUUAUAAUUUAUGAACGCAUUAAUCUUCAUGAAAAAGAAAGCUGGCGCUGCUAUGAGCUUCAUCUUGAAUUGCUACGAACAAAAGAAAGAAUGGAAUAUAUCCGUCAUAUAUCUCGUCGUCGUAUAUUGGGUGAAGUCGAACGUCGAUUCAUAAAAGCAAUUGGAAAGCGUAUCUCGGAUCGAUGCAGAGAGAUGACUGAUUAUCAGGCAUUGCAGCAUAAAAAAUUGAAGCUGAGCAAUUUCGCUGUUGGUGUGGGGAGCGAGGAAGAAGCACCAAAACCCAAGAAACAGGAUGAAGGAAUGAGUAGUGAUGAAGAAGUUGGUGGGGGGAUUGAUCUAGAUGCUGACGGAAGUCGCAUUUUGAAGCGCCACUUAGAUGAUGCUGCUGAAUAUGAAGGUGAAGAAGAUGAGCAACGAGUAGUUCUACCGCAACAGGAAGUUGAGGAAGCUUUCAUGGAAAUAUCAACUGAAAGUGAAGAUGACGCAGAAACAGCACUGGAGGGAGAUGAUGAUGCAAAUGAUUCGUCUGCUGCUCAACAAAAAUUUCAGGAAGCAGAAAUUUCCCGCAUACAAAGCGUAAUUACAUCAUCACCUUUGGUAAGGGAUUACAAAUUCGAUGUGAAAAGCAAUCGAUGGUGUACCGUCACUUUUCAGUUGCCACUAAGCACCAAAACAAAACUAGAUGUAGGAGCAUUGGUUGAAAGGGAACUGGAGAAGUUUUUAAUCUGGGAAACACCGGGAAUUGAGAAAUGUAUUGUUCGAUGUGAAAAUCGUGGUGAUGAUCAGUACCAGAUUUUGGCUACACAGGGUAUCAAUGUGCAGGCACUGAUGAAGCAUUCGGAUGUGCUUGAUGUGAAUACAUUAUAUUCUAAUAAUCUGAAUAUGAUGUGUAAUAAUUAUGGUAUCGAAGCUUGUGGUCGAGCUUUAGUAAAAGAAAUAAUUCGUGUUUUUACACCAUACGGAAUCGAUAUAAACUUGCGACACUUAACACUUACUGCUGAUUACAUGACUUUUACGGGAAGAAUUCAACCGUUUAGCCGUAGUGCAAUGAGUUCAAAUGCAUCACCGUUUCAACGGAUGACUUUCGAAACAACGAUCGCAUUCAUGCGUGAUGCUCUUAUAAAUGGUGACGAUGAUCAUUUAAUGUCUCCAUCAUCAAGAUUAGUGAUUGGUGGAUUAUUACGUAGUGGUACCGGCAUUUUUGAUCUUAUGAUUUUGACUUUUGCACGCACAGUCUCAAUCCUUGCAGCACUUGCAAUUUUAGGUAUUUGUUGGGCGUUCCUGCAGAACCGUCAUAAGGAGGCUUUUCUAAGUGCGGUGCAACGUUUCGCAUUACUCGCUACGCUACGUCACUACGUCACUUUCAAAUGUUUCCUCAAUGUUUCCUCAACACGUCUCAACGACAUAGUGUCUGUAUUUGUAGCGUGCUGUAUCGUUACUGAAGAUACAGAGAUAGGCAAGAAAUUAUCUGCACUUCUUUAUGCAGUCUCCGAAGCUAUUGAAAAGCAUUAUUUGCGUGAUUUCUUUAUUUUGGUUUCAACUGAAGAAGCAGAUAACAUGGAUGAAGUGAUUGAAGCAUAUACUCUCACUUUCACUUACACGGAUGGUGGUGGACUGCUUCUUCGUAGUCCGUCGCACGAAAUUGCAGUGUCAUGUGAAAAUGUUAAUGAAUUACGAAAGGAAGUUAUCGCUUUACUGCACCGCUUGGAUAUUCUUAUGAAUGCACUAUCGCCAGUUCCACAGAACGCUUUUCCGUAUUUCAAGCUUACCUACUAUUCAAGCACUCCAUAUACUUAUGAACCGGUCGGUUUCAAAUCAUCACCAACUAUAUAUCAUUUCAAGAAAAUGACUUUUAUUUCAAAAAUAUCAGUUGGCAAUUUUAGUACAAAAUUUGAAAGCUGCUCCUUAUGUCUGGAGUCUGUUUUCUUUGGAGGUACAAAUGAACAAUAUGAACAGAGUGUUUCCACUGAGAAAAACGAGCUACAAAAAAUCAUAGAAGACGAAGAUAGCACACCAAAGUCAAGGAAUUUGCGAAUUUCUUCACUAGAAGCACAAAUGGAAGCCAGGAAUGACAUUUCGCAGGAAAAUAGUGCCGAAAUUUUUGAGUCGAUGCGAGCAUCACCGUUGGAAGGUGAUUCUCCAAACGAACCUGUGAAAGCAGUUAUUUUAAGUUGUGAAGAAGCACUGGCAAGCACAACAGAUUUGCAGAAGAGUGAUUUCAACUCUGAAUAUGCUGGAGAAAGUUCGGGACAGUUCGCAACUUUCGGUUCCCCGAGUGGUCCUUACAUAAAUUCACCGCGUAUGGAUUCUACUGUUUCUUUACCGACAGUCACAGAACUCGUUAAUCGCGAACCUGCUCUCAAAAAAGGCUCAAAUAUCAGAAGUCCGUCGUCCGGAAUUAGCAUCAUUGCUGAGUCAGAUAUGACAAGAGAAUUGUUCUUGCGGCGCAGUUCAAAUCUCGGAACAUCCUCGAAUUCCGAACCAAAGACAAAGAAAAUGAAAAUUAGUCGUUCAAAAGUUGAUUAUUGUAAGGUGAUCAACAAUGUUAAUGAUUUGUAUGAAUCUUUCGCUUAUUUCUUUUCGCGAGGUGCUGCUGCCGAAAGACAUAUAUCAGAUCCGAAAAUGUUUCAAACACUUGUAAAUUUUGCUAGUGAACCUCGUCAUCGACCUCAUCAUUACAUCGGUGGAAAUGCUGCUUUGAUGGCCCAAAAGAUAGCUACUUCUUUUCCAAGAACUACUGCAUAUUUAGUUGGGCCUAUUGGACCUCGAAGCCAAGUCUUACUUCAUCCAUCAAUAGUUCGUACAAAUUCGACUCGUAUUGUAAAAGAUGAGUUACACGUUAUUAUAGAAUACAAACGAGGAGAAAUUCUUGAUGAAUAUGUAGCACCUGCUUCAUCACGUUUUAUUACUUCUCACGAUCAAUAUAGUGGCAGUGCUGUUGUGAUUGAAAUGUUUUUCAAGGCGAUAAAUCAGUUUAAUCCUGAUCUGGUCAUUUUAGCAGGUGUUCAUCUUCUACAAAAUCAAAAUAAGGAAAUGCAAAUGGAGAAACUUCGCUUAAUUAAGCGAAAUUUGUUACAAGUAAAACACAAUAUCCCUAUUCAUUUCCAACUUGGAAAUAUGGGUAAUCCUGACCAUGUCGCUGAUGUUCUUCAUCGAAUCGUACCUCACGUUGAUUCGUUAGGUUUGAACGAACAGGAGCUAACAUUUUUCUCUCAUGUUGCUAAUGGACCAUAUACAGAUCUUUAUCCUGUUUUUCCUGGUGCAAUACACGUAUACAAGGUGGUGGAUAUGUUGUAUUGGUUACUGACGAAAUUUGGACAUAAUAGUACUGAUCCAGAAUCGAAAAAUUAUCACUAUAGGCUGUCCAGGAUACACUUUUAUUCCUUAACCUUUCAUCUAAUGGUUUACAAAGGAACAGAUUGGUCGAAUUUGGCUUCUGGUCUAGCAGCAGGUGCUAAGGUUGCAGCUCGUCAGUCCUGUAAAAUUACAGAUGAUUUACAUACGGAUAAUUUGGAAUUGAGAAUUUCAAAAGCUCCUUUGCUUGACAAAGAAGUUGGGAAGCGAUAUGUCUUCGAACCGCAAAGGCCUAUAGCUUCAUGGAUGCGUAAUGACGUUGUAUUUAUCUAUACUCCUGCAUUAAUAUGCAAGUUCCCAACCAGAACAGUUGGUAUUGACGAUGCCGUUUCAGCUACUGGACUUAUAUUCUCACAAUUUUAUCGGUUUUCUUCCUGGAGGAGAAUUUUGCUCAAUUUGUUAAAGCAAAUUCGUCUAAAUGAAAGGACUGCUAGUAACGGCGGUGAUGGACCGGCAAAAUGGUUAGAUGAUGCUGUAACUUAUACAGAUGUACAGACAUCUUUUGUGGAUCCGUGUACUUCAUUGCCAUAUCCAGAAAAAGAAUUAUAUCGAUUUUUAGAAAACAAGGCACCGAAGGUAAUAGAAAAGACUGAUAAUAAAACUGAUGGCAAGAGAAGCAAAAGUGGGGAGCUUGAUUUUAGUCAAUUACCUAUUGAAGAACAGGUGAUUGUUUUAUUUCCUGGUCAAGGGACACAGUACGUCGGCAUGGGUAAAAAAGUGAUGGACUAUAGCAAAGUAAUUAAUGUUUACGAAAAAGCAUCAGAAAUAUUACAGUAUGAUUUGUUGAAAUUGUGCUUGGAAGUAGGACCAAAAUCGAAACUCGAUCAGACAAUUUAUUCUCAACCAGCUAUUUUCGUUAGUUCAUUGGCUGCAUGGGAAAAAGCAAAAGCGGAAAAUGAAACACUGAGUGCUCGUACCACUGACGUAGCUGGUUUCAGUGUCGGUGAAUUUGCUGCACUUGUAGUUUCUGAAAUACUUUCUUUCGAGGAUGCUCUUCGAUUGGUAAAAAUUCGCGCUGAAGCUAUGCAGCAAUGUAGCUUACGAUAUCAUUCUGGAAUGAUAACAAUACGGGUAAAUGCGGCCACACGAUUGGAGGAAGCGCUGCAAGAUGCCAAAGCAUAUGCUUGGGAAAAAGGCGAGCUACCAAUAUGUGAAGUAGCUAAUUAUUUAUUUUGUGGUGUGAAAGUCAUUGGAGCAUCAGAAAAUUGCAUUGACUUUCUGAAUAAUAAUCAAGAGAAAUAUGUCUUCCAGGUAGUGAAAAGGUUAAGCGUAAAUGGCGCAUUUCAUACUACUUUAAUGAAAGAUGCUGCUAAUACGCUGAAGAGUGCUCUGAAAGAGGUGAAAAUUAGCCAACAGCCACGGAUGAAUAUUUAUUCAAAUUAUACAGGUAAACUAUAUGUAUACAAAGAGAAACAGAUUCGUGAGGCAAUUGUUAAACAAGUUUAUUCACCAGUUAAAUGGGAGCAAAUCCAGCAAUUACUUCAUGCAAAACACCAAGACUUCAAGUUUCCAACAUUCAUGGAAGUAGGACCAGGAAAACAACUUGGUGCGAUGCUUUUGAAAAUUAGUAAAAAAGCUUACAAGAACUACGUGAACUAUCCUGUGUAG